AUGGACCAGAUAUCUUUCCGCAUCAGGGCUUAUCUCACAUACCGCAUUCACGCAAAAUCCGUUGAGCCAAUGGCCACGCAGGCCAGCGCCAGAGGAAGCGAUUCGGAAAGUGCGAAAGUGACAGUCCUGGCGAGCGUGGAUGUCACACAAGCUGUCUUCAUACCCAGGGUCCUCGCCGAGACAACAACAAGCGUCAUCAUUGUUGGCGUUGGAGCCUACCUUCUGUACCAGGCCGUUGACCUUGUAUUGAUUGGACCUCUUCUCCUGGCACUUCUUAGCAUCAGUAUCCCGAUAUCACUGGGCAAAAGACUGACACGCAGUCAAAGACGUGCCCUCGAAGCUACGGAACGACGAAUUCGGUCAGUAGGCCAGCUUGUGGAGAAGACAAGGAGUAUUCGCAUGGGUGGCAUGGAGUCGAUGGCCGAAAAGGAGGUGCUUGAGAAUCGCGUGGUUGAAAUUAAAGCCAUGUCUCUUUACCGCAAGCUUCUCAUCGUUGUUGUGUUCGCAUCGGAUUCUGUCAAUGGAUUCUCUCUGCUCUUGACGUUUGGAGUUUAUACCGCCGUGAACGGUACCGACUUGGAAUACACAACUCUCUUUACGGCGCUUUCGGUCAUCUCCAUCAUGCUCGGUCCUUUCCCUUCAUUUAUUCAGAUGCUCCCAGCACUGUACGAGGGAUUUGUGAGCUGGGGCCGCAUUAGUGCCUACGUCAAACCAGACUCUGAGCAAUCUGGGGAUGCUCACCAUCUGGAAAAAGCCGAUAACCAAAUAUGUGGCCUCAUUCAUACCAGCUCGGAUGAUCUGAAUGUUGCCACGUUUUGUGGUGCGAGUCUAGGCUGGGGCACUGAAAAGAUACUCUUCGACGUCUCUCUCGAUCUCAAAAAGGGCAGCGUCAUUGGCGUUACUGGUUCUUCUGGCUGCGGCAAGUCGACACUACUGCGAUCACUCAUAGGAGAAGUCAACAUUCUGUCAGGAACGAUCCGGACGAGCACGCUUAGAACUGCCUUCUGCGACCAGACCCCUUAUUUCCUGGCCAACCGCACCAUUCGCCAGAACAUCAUCUUGGAGAGCCCGUUCGAUGGGAAGUUGUACUCCGAGGUGCUACAUUCCUGCUGUUUGAUACCAGAUAUUUCCAAGUGGCCAAAAGGCGACGAUACCGUUCUAGUUGAUGCCGUUGGGACGUUUACCAACGACGUCAAUGUUCUCGAUCUCGCCCUUCCUCUCGCGAUUCUCAACUCAAUAUGGGCUGUCGCUGCUGUUCUCGGAUCUAUGGGCGUACUGGCCGCCGGGUCGGUCUAUACGCUGAUCAGUCUAGCUAUCUCCCUGGUCGUUCUCUAUUUCAUCCAGCGCCGGUACCUCGCCACCUCCUCACAACUCCGAACCCUUCAAAUUGCUUCCCAGGCCCCCGUGAUCGGGACGCUACGGGCAAGCUGCGACGGGCGUGCCACAAUCCGAGCCUUCAACCUCCAGGAUAGUGCAUGCAGUACCCUCGUUGACCAGGUCUAUCAAGCAAGCAAAUCGGCUUAUCUGUUCAAAUCUCUUCAGGCGUGGCUGUUUCUGGUGAUUGGCCUGCUAGCGGGUGGGGUUGCGGGAACGUUGGCUGCGCUUCUUGUAGGUCUGAAGUCGACGGUCAACGUCGGCUGGGCUGGGGUGGCUCUCGUGAACACCAUUACUCUAGGCUCGGACUUGAAGAUGCUUAUGAAUUGGUUGACCCUCUUGGAAGCACAAUUGGGGGUUGUGCGGAGGAUUCGAGAGUUCAUUGCUACAACACCUACAGAGGGCGAUGGGCACGCUGGUCGAGUCGAGGAACCACCACAAGGAUGGCCUCGCAAGGGGAAUGUGGUGCUUCACGGAGUCUGUGCGGCAUAUGAUGAUCAUCCAGUCUUGAGGAACGCUUCAGUGAAUAUCCGGGCAGGCGAAAAGGUUGCCGUGGUCGGGAGGACAGGCAGUGGAAAAAGCUCUCUCAUUCAACUACUUUUCGGCCUUAUCGAGAAAACCAGUGGGUUAGUUCAGGUCGAUGACGUUGACUUGGACACUGUCUCGGUUCAGUCGCUUCGAAAGAGCUUUGCCGGAGUUCCUCAGUUCACGUUUUGCAACAGCCAAGCAAGCGUUAAGGCCAAUAUUGAUCCCAACGACGAGCAUUCACACGCUGAUGUUGUCGAGAUGAUUCGCCUUGUAUCUGCGGGGAUUUCGGAGUACGGCGAGCCUGAAGCUGCUAUCGAUAUUGAUCAACUCUGGGAGUUGUCAAAGUUUUCAUCUUCGGGAUGGCAGCAGAGACUUGGAAUCGCAAGAGCAUUGCUCAGAAGUAGUGCGCUGUAUGUGAUGGACGAGCCGACAAGCGGCAUGGAUGGGAAAAACCAUAAGGUCAUGUUGAGCAACAUGUUUCAGAGACGACCGGAAAGCACCUUCAUCAUCGUCACGCAUCACAAUGAUGGACUAGACAUAUUCGACAAAGUUUUGACUGUACAAGAAGGAGACAUUUUGACUUCUAAGAGCUAA